UCUAAUCACUAACAAAUGUUCACUUUUCUCUAUGAGUAAUACAAUUGUUUAAGGGCACUUAAAAUUGACAGCAUAGGCUUUUCCCCGAUCGGCUUUCAUAGGACACUUUAAACCUGCUUACAAGAAAGUCUGUGGAAUGUGUCUAUUUCAGCACUUCGAGAAUAAUGCUGGGGAAGUUUGAAAGGGCCUUGAGGACGAACUCUAAUAAUCAUUCAGAUGUCUCUCAUGUUCUGUCGGUGUCCAUGCAGCAUGACCCUUGCCCAUCCUUGCAGCCCCUCGAGUGGCUUAGGCUUCCCGUUCACUAAAUGUAUGUGCUGCAGCAGCCUUGAGACACCUGCUAAAUGAAGCUAGAAAAGUGUGCUUACGGUGACGAAAACGGAAGAGUUGGAUGAGCACGCUGUUCAGUCUUGAUUCUGUGGAAGCAACGGGAGAAAGUUAGAAGUGUGCUCCAAACAACAGUGACGGGACUUGGGAGGAGGAUUAUAUAAUGAGGUUGAAAUGAGAUGAAUGAGAGUUAUUUUAAGAAAUGGAAUCUACUGGGCAAAUUCAAGGCAGAACCCAGAGACCACCUUUGAAGUGUAUGUUGAAGUGGCCUAUCCUAGGACGGGUGGCACUCUUUCAGAUCCUGAGGUGCAGAGGCAAUUCCCGGAGGACUACAGUGACCAGGAAGUUCUACAGACUUUGACCAAGUUUUGUUUCCCCUUCUAUGUGGACAGCCUUACAGUUAGCCAAGUUGGCCAGAACUUCACAUUCGUGCUCACUGACAUUGACAGCAAACAGAGAUUUGGGUUCUGCCGCUUAUCUUCAGGAGCGAAGAGCUGCUUCUGUAUCUUAAGUUAUCUUCCCUGGUUCGAAGUAUUUUAUAAGCUGCUUAACAUCUUGGCGGAUUACACGGCAAAAGGCCAGGAGAAUCAGUGGAAUGAGCUUCUGGAAACUCUGCACAGACUUCCCAUCCCUGACCCAGGAGUGUCUGUUCAUCUCAGCGUGCAUUCUUACUUUACUGUGCCUGAUACCAGAGAACUUCCCAGCAUACCUGAGAAUAGAAAUCUCACAGAAUAUUUUGUGGCCGUGGAUGUAAACAACAUGUUACAUCUGUAUGCCAGCAUGCUGUACGAACGCCGGAUUCUCAUCGUCUGCAGCAAACUCAGCACUUUGACUGCUUGCAUCCACGGGUCUGCCGCGAUGCUCUACCCCAUGUUCUGGCAGCACGUGUACAUCCCUGUCCUGCCCCCACACCUGUUGGACUACUGCUGUGCUCCCAUGCCCUACCUCAUAGGAAUCCAUUUAAGUUUAAUGGAGAAAGUCAGAAACAUGGCCCUGGAUGAUGUCGUGAUCCUCAACGUGGACACCAACACCCUGGAAACUCCCUUCGAUGACCUCCAGAGCCUCCCAAAUGAUGUGAUCUCUUCACUGAAGAACCGGCUAAAGAAAGUCUCCACAACAACUGGCGAUGGUGUGGCCAGGGCCUUCCUCAAGGCGCAGGCUGCUUUCUUUGGCAGCUACCGAGACGCUUUGAAAAUUGAGCCGGAGGAGCCAAUCACCUUCUGUGAAGAAGCCUUCGUAUCCCACUAUCGCUCCGGAGCCAUGAGGCAGUUCCUGCAGAAUGCCACCCAGCUGCAGCUCUUCAAACAGUUUAUAGAUGGUAGACUGGACCUUCUCAAUUCUGGUGAAGGUUUCAGUGACGUUUUCGAAGAGGAGAUCAGCAUGGGCGAGUAUGCUGGCAGCGAUAAACUCUACCAUCAGUGGCUCUCCACAGUCCGGAAAGGAAGCGGGGCAAUUCUGAAUACUGUAAAAACGAAGGCGAACCCGGCUAUGAAGACUGUCUAUAAGUUUGCAAAAGAUCAUGCAAAAAUGGGAAUAAAAGAGGUGAAAAACCGCUUGAAGCAAAAGGAUAUCACCGAGAAUGGCUGUGCCCCCACCAUGGAAGAGCAGCUGCCAAAGACCGUGCCGUCCCCACUGGUGGAGGCCAAUCACCCUAAGCUCCGAGAAGACCGAAGGCCAAUCACAGUCCACUUCGGACAGCCACAAAGACUCCGUCCUACUCGCCUGCCACCUCCCAAGAUACAGCGCUCGAGGCCCGUGCGCCCUCCCCGUCCACAUGUCGUGAAGAGACCGAAGAGCAACAUCACGGUGGAAGGCCGGAGGACUUCUAUCUCCAGCCCUGAGCACAUUUCAUUUUGGGCCGGCGUGACGUGCUGCUGAUUUGUCCACGCAAUGUGACACAUGAAAAAAACUCUCGAGAUGCAGAUCUUCCUCAUUAAAAAAUAAGCCCAUGCGAUCCCGGCACGGCAGAGAGCCACAGAGCACGUCCCUGCUUCCUGACGCCGUAUCUCUGACAUGGUAUUUAAAAAGGAACAGCCGCGCCUGUCACCACUGUCACAUGCACGCGCUAACCGGCGACACAUUAAACCAAACAUUAGAAAGGGUUCGGGAAGUCAUCUGCAUGGGAACUCUGAGCCGAGAUGAGGUGGGCAGAGGCAGGAGCAACCGUGGAAGGCGAUGGGGUCUGAAUGGUGAUGGACGGCAGGCCUUUCUUUCUCGCCAAGACUCUGGCAGCCCUCGCUGGGUAGCCAAGUUCACCACGACCUGCCUUUUCACAGACAGCUCUUUGUGUGUAAUAAAAUCCAGGCAAGUGGUGGGUGGCAGACUGCAGGGUAGUAGCUGAAUUGGGUUAAUGAGGGAAGAGGUACACUUUUUUUUUUCUCAUAUUCUGCCUUAAGCUAAUAAAAAAUUUAAACCUGGACAUUUUCAGCGAUUCAUCCUUUAUCUCUGACAAAUAUCUGACUGUAUGUUUCAUAGGAGGACAUGAGCAGCUGAAUUUAAAUAAGUUUAUUUUGAAAUCUCCCCUUUUAUUAAAAGUAGAAGGGGGCAUACCCGCCCACCUAUUUCAUUGUUUCAGAUCCACGGAGCUCAAGAGGCAGGAUCACAACAUGGUUUAGAGUCAGACACAUCCAGAUUCCUACCUCUGCCUGUAGCUGCUGUGUGACACUGGCCAAGUGAAUACCCCUCUCCGAGCCUUGGCUCCUCUAUCAGCAAAGUGAGAUGUGAUAAGGAAUUGAUGAGAAACUGUACAGGCAGCGUUUAGCCCAACACUUGUAAGUACCGCUAGUAUAUCAUCAUUAUCCAUGUGGCCCAAAGCCUGAUCUGACCAAACCACCUGGCAAGGUUCUCUGUUAUUCUCAAGAGACAGGCAGUGUGUUCAGCAGAUACCCUGGGCCUCCCGUUGAAGCCAAUGCCCAGCCAGCUCAGCUGGGAGAGCUCACUGGAGGGAAAGUGGUUUGUGACCCAGGAGCUGAGGUUCUCUGGCCCUCCUCUGACCUCCCCAAGCCCACUCCGCAAUCACACCAGUGUGGCCAGGCACUGGAUUUGACAGGGCUGUGAACCGCAGCAGCCUCGUUUGAUGAAGCCAAGGUCCAGUCCAGCAGCACAAAGGUUCUUUGCUCUUACAUGAAUCCAGACGUUCCUGGCAAGUUUAGUGGCAUUCAGCUAACGUGCCAAGCUGUGAUCUCUGUCUUGUCAAAGCCAGAGGAGGAGAGCGUACUUGGAUGGCUGCUGGAAGGGCAUUCAGGAUGGAUUCAAGGGACACCAAAGAGCUUCAUGCAGUUUGACACAAGCAGAAAUUCACGUCCCCCUCAUACACAUCUACCACCAGCCCGGCUGACGAGAAAGUGAGGGCCCUGGCCUGGAAUCCCUGCUUGUCACUUUCUAGCCAGGCCUUGUGUCACAUCUCUCUUCCCCACAGUGAUUUCCCAGUGCUCACCUAGCACUGGGUCUGCUCAUAGCAAGUACUCGUGAAGUACCUUGUGGUUGGGUGUGUGGAUGGACGGACGGACGGAUGGACGGACUAGUGACAGGCCCAUCAUCUGUAGAGUCAGUGCAGUGAAGCCUUCUUGCUAGCCUAUUGGGAAGGGUAGAAAUCACCUACAUAAAGCCCCUGGCACAGUGGAUAUGAUCUUAAACAUUUUUCCAAGACACUCCUGCCUGCUCCUCUACACCUAACACCCUCACCCCCAAAUGUGGUCCCAUUCUAUGGUCUCAGCAUUUUAGGGGACAGAUGGGGACCUCAGGGAACACUUUUAUACCGGAGCCACAAGCUGAUGAAAGGGACAGGUGCCAUGCUGGUGCUCCAGAAAUAUAGGUGAGAUGGGUGGGGGUUGCCUCGUCUCCCCAGUACACUGACUUCCAUUCAUGCGAUCAUAAACCUCCAUUGCACUAAUGCCGUGCCCCAGGUGGGGAUAAAGAGAAGAAUGAGCCAGGCCCCUGCCCUGGAGGAGCUCAACUCAGAAACAGCAUUGCAAAAGGUUCAAUGAUAUUGAUGAAGUGCUGUGACACACAGCCCCAGGGGAAGCUAACUCCACCUAGGAGAAAAACUAGCUGGGAAUUCCAGAAAAGCUUUCUAGAGUGCCAGCUGAGCCGAGCCGUCAAGACUGAAGAGCAGUGAGUGCACCAGGCAAAGACGACAGGGAGGUCUGCAAGGUGUGCAGGGGAGGUGAGGAGGAGGCGCAGAGGUGGACAGGCCCAGCGUACAGCACAGUGUUUGCCCUACACGGAGCUUGGGCUUGGCACUGCCAUUCUGCAGCCCUCACCCCUGCCCGGCAUAUUCUCCAUGCUCCCCAGAGUGGAGGGGGAGGGCAGGGUACCUGUCCACCCCUCCUCACCUCCUCACCUCCUCACCUCCUCUCCUGCCCAGGAGAGCAGUCCAGUGCCAGCAAGUGAGUACAUCCCCCUAACUUUUAAGCAAUUGAUGAAAUCAUUCUGUAAAUGUCUGCACAUUAUUAUUCCUGACACCUAAUGGGUUUGCUCACCACACAACCAACUGCCUGGAAAUUGCUAUUCAGAUUUGCAGGAUAAUGACAGAUAAGCAGGAUGAUGACACGGUUGGGUUUGUGAUUCACAACAGGAUUCCAGUGGCUGUGUGGAGUGGCCCCUCUGCUGCACCUUGUGUUGUGUCCCAGGGGGUGUGGCAGGAGCCGGGUGGCCUCAUUUCUGUGAGUCAGACCUUCCUGCCCUCUCUCCUGAGUCCAGGAGAGAUGGCACCUAAGUCCACCUAAGCCAAUGCUCUCUCUGACCCAGGAAGGGCCAAGUCCCUAACAUCCAGAUAGGCGGCCUAGGCAAAGAGAGGAGCCCAGUCACCCACCACCCGCUGUGUGCAACCCUGGGCAAAUGGCCUCCCCUCUCCGAGCCUUCAGUACGAGGACAAAGCUCUUGGCCUGCCUAAUCUCCAGGGGUAACAACAAGGCGGAAGGAUCUAGGUGUGCAAGUGCCUGGGGGCUCCGCAGCUCUGGGAGCCAGCCCUGGUUCUACUUUUGAAAGAAUAGCAUAUUCUUGGCAAUAGCUGGCUUCGCACCAGUGAUGGCAGAUCACAGCACAGCCCGCUCUCCCGCUCCCUCACCACCCCCCAGCGUGGUUCCCAUUCACUCUUUUGGACAUGAUGCCCUUUUAUGAAAUGAAAUCCAGAAGGAAUUGCCUCAGCAGAGAAAGAAAUCUGCUCUGAGAGAGGAGACUGCCCCACCUUGGACCCUCUCCUGAGCUUCACCACCGCCCCCAGGGGUCCUUGGAGCAUGCCCAACCCAGCGUGCAGGCCAAGCAGCGGCUGGGGGUGCCAGGGUGACCCAAGCUCAGCCAGUCCAGCUCCCCUCUCCCAAGCCCGCGCUGCUCAUGGGCCCUGGUCAGUGUAUAAUUCAUAGCGGCCGCGCGGACCUUCUCGGGGCUGCGUGGUGUUUGUGUUUAUAGAGGUAGAGCUCACAGGUGGCUGACAAGGGAGAUGUAUUUUUUAUAACAAUGAAUAUUUAAUUUCCACAUCACAGAUGAAAAAGACUCUCUGAAGAGGCAUGUGAGAGAGACUCCUGAGACCAGCCGCUAAUCAGAAGAGGGCCUUCUAGCCCGAGCCCCUCCACAUGGCUCACUUUCUUCCUUAACUUUCUAUUUUUAUGUUUUCCUGAUUAUUGAAGCAGAUAUGCACAUUGUAGAAAGUGUAGAAGACACAGAAAAAUAAAGAGGGGGGGUGUGUCACCCCUGAUUCUUCUAGCUUUUGUCAACACGCAGGCAUAUCCCUUUCCAGUCUUUUUUCUCUGCCUUUUCCCAUAAAUAGGUGAGAGAGAAUAUAGUAUAAUUGCAAUUCUGCAUCCUGGUGUUGAGAUUUUGCUCUUUCAUAAACAUCAGAGUUAAUGGGUGGCUAAUAUUCAGCCAAGUGUACUAUAAUUCAUAGCCUCCCAUUGCUGGAAAUUUAGGAUGUGCCAUAUUUUAAUAUUACAAACAGUGGUGAUGAACAUCUUCGUGCAUCAUUCUUUGCUACAUUUAGGGUUAUCUAAAUGGAAGUAGAGCUGUGAGGUCAUAGGCGACUGGAUCAUGUGUUUAAGGCUCUUGACACCUGUGGCAGACUCUCGGUUUCUUUCCUGUUGGGGACCAGCUUCCUCACCUUGGGGCCCUCCCAGCCUCCCAGGCCCUCUGGCCUUCUCCAGGGAGCCUCUGCCUCUGGUUGGCAGGGGGACGCCAGGGCCAGGCGCUGAGCCCAGAGGCCCCCCCACUCCCCCAGCCCACCACAUGGAGUUCCAAGGGUGCCUCCUAACUGCCUCUUCUCUCUUGUCUUCCUCUG